ACCAUGGAGAACCGGUCCCAGCACCCUGAGCGCGCCAACGCUUCGGCUCUAGGCGUCAUGCCCCGUCCUCCCGUGGCGAUCCAGGCGGCCACCUUGAUCCUGGUGCCCCUCGUGUGCGCCGUGGGUGUGGUGGGCAACGCCAUGGUGGUCCUGGUGGUGAUCCGAAGCCGCCACAUGGUCACAUCCACCAACUGUUACCUGGUGAGUCUGGCCGCCGCAGACCUGCUGGUGUUGCUGGCGGCGGGGGUGCCCACCGCUGCCGAGGCGGCGUCUGCCCGGGUCUGGGUGUUCGGCCACGCCGGGUGCCUGGGCAUCACCUACCUGCAGUACGUGGGCAUCAACGCGUCCACGGGCUCCAUCACCGCGUUCACCGUGGAGCGCUACCUGGCCAUCUGCCGCCCGCUGCGCGCCCAGACGUUGUGCACGGUGGCGCGCGCCAGGCGCAUCUCGGCGCUGCUGUGGACGGGCACCGGCGCCUACUGUGUGCUCUGGCUCUUCCUGGUGGACACGCGCGAGACGGUCUACGCCGACGGCGUUCAGGUGCAGUGCGGCUACCGCGUGUCGCGCUCGCUCUACCUGCCCGUCUACUUUCUAGACUUCGCGCUCUUCUAUGCGCUGCCCCUGGGCCUCGCCACUGUCUUGUACGCGCUCAUAGCGCGCGUCCUCUGCGUGGAGCCGCUGCCUCCGGGCGGCCCGGGACGCUGCGGCUCAGUGCACCGGGGCGGCUCCGCCCGCCAAGCGCGCUUCUCCCCCAGGAGUGCAAAAGGCACCUUUAACUCACGGAGGCAGGUCACCAAGAUGCUGGCGGUGGUGGUGGUCCUCUUCGCUGUGCUGUGGCUGCCCUACCGCGCGCUGGUGGUGGUGAACUCCUUCCUGAACCCGCCCUACCUCCACAGCGGCUUCCUGCUCUUCUGCCGGCUCUGCAUCUACCUGAACAGCGCCCUCAACCCCAUCAUCUACGCCCUCAUGUCCCAGCGCUUCCGGGAAGCCUUCCGGGGGCUGCUUCCCCGUUGGCGGGCUCAGCCGAAGCUCCCGCCGCAAGAGGGCGCCCCGGUUUCCUACAGCAUCAUCCACGACAAUGUGCUGGGUUUUCUCUUGCUACUGCUGGCUGCCCCCAUGGACACACUGACCAAGGCCCCUGUCACUACUGAGGACAAGUCUAUUGACCUGUUCCUGAGUUCUGACAACGAUGUCUGGUGUCUGGGCACCCGGGCCUCUGGCAGCCUGGUCCUGUGA